AUGGCAGCAGCUUCGGAUGAGAUUGGGGCUCUCACCAGAGCUUUCUCAGGUGUUGGUGUGGAUGAGAAGGCUUUGAUAAGUAUAUUGGGUAAGCUGAAUCCCGAGCAAAUGCAGAGUUUCAGGAAAGGCAGCCGGGAAUUAUUCCGGGAAGACGAGCGUCAAUUUGAGAGGUGGGACGAUCGCCAUAUUUUGCAGCUUCGUCAUGAAUUUUUACGUCUCAAGGAUGCGAUUGUGCUUUGGACGAUGCACCCUUGGGAGAGAGAUGCUCGAAUGUUGAAAGAGUGGUUGAACAAAGGACCUCAAUACAACAAUGUGCUCAUAGAAAUCGCGUGCACGAGAUCUUCUGAUCAAUUAUUGGGCGCUAGAAGAGCCUAUCACUCCCUCUUCAAUCACUCCAUCGAGGAAGAUGUUGCAUUUCACGUUCAUGGACCUGAAACAAAGCUUUUGGUUGCACUUUUGAGCUCUUACAGGUACGAGGGCCCAAAAGUGAAUGAAGAAAUUGCGAAAUUUGAGGCCAAAGCACUUGUUGAUGCCAUAAGGGAAAAUGAAAAGAAGGGUGGUCGUCUAUUGGAAAAUGAAGAGGUUGUGAGGAUAUUAUCCACUAGGAGUAAGCUCCAUCUUCACGCAAUUUACAAACAUUAUAAAGAAAUUAGUGGCAACUACUUUGACGAGGAUAUUGAUGGCGACUCGCACCUUGUCAAUGUGGUUGUACAGUGCUUAUGCGUACCACACAAAUAUUUUAGCCAGGUCUUGGAUGCAUCAUUGAGAUAUGAUGCAGAUGAGAUAAGCAAAGAAGGGUUGACCAGAGUAAUUGUGACAAGAGCAGAUGCAGAUUUGAAGCAAAUUAAGGAAGAAUACCACAACAAAUUUGGUGUGGAUCUUACCAAAAGGAUUGAAGAUGUGGCCAAUGGGAACUAUAGAGAUUUCUUGCUCACUCUAGUUGCGAGAGGAGAUUGA